GUGACCUUUACCUUCGAAAUGACUUAUGUCAAAUUGUGAUAUAUUUUCUAUAGUGACGUAUUUCGGCAAUAAAGCAGCGAGCCCCAGUAACUAAACCGCAACCCAAACAAAAGACCCACUAGGUCCUAGCGCGUGAUGAGUUUGUUCAAACUCCCCACCUAGCUAACUAAGCUAACGGUACACAGGCUUGACAACUUAGUUCCAUUAAGUAGAAUAUAUAUAAUAUAGUUGUCAGUUGCUAUACGUUUACCCACUUGGGGGAUGUUGUGAUUGAAAGUAAAGAGGUUCUAAAACAUUACUAGCCGUCUAGCUUUAUCAGCUUAAUGGCUAUCAGUAGUUCGUUGGGGCAUUGAUUGGAUUGGACUUCUAAGUUGAGUGUUUUAUCACAAGGUCAAUUAGCAAGUUGUCGGCUUUGACUCCUGAAUUCCAAUCACUUGUUUGUUCUAAAUCCGUCUAUAUCCAAAUCAUGAUGUGCUCUUAUUCAGUGCGACUUACAGGAAUAAUUACCAGGACAUAGGCACAGGAGGCACUGAUGUGGAAGAAUGCUGCAAGAAAACGAAGAAGGGGGUCCAUGAUACCAUGACUCUUGGGAAGGACGAUAUGUUCACAUACGGCCACUGCCCGGCGCACGACGACUUCUUCCUGGUGGUUUGCAACCACUGUGGCCAGGUGGUGAAGCCGCAGGCGUUCGAGAAGCAUUGUGAGCGGAGACACGGCCCUGUCAGUAAGUUCUGCGGCCGGCGCUCGCCUCCCCCUGACCCCAAAUGGCGCUCUCGGCAAAGCGGGCCCGUCUCGCACAAAGCCGUCCCCGAGGAGACCCGGGAGAGUGGGUGGGUCAGUUUACCACCAGUGGAGAGACCAUCUCAGGAGGCCCCUCUCUCUCCACCCCACCCCUCCGGCCCCCAACCCAGGGUUCCCCCGUGGCCCACGGGUCACCUACCUCGAGGUGGGCCCUCCAUCUCCUCCUCCUCGGAGAAGCCCCCGUUGCAGAAGACUGUGGCUGGGACGGGGCUGCUGAAGGAGGAGACCAGCGAAUCUCAGGACCCCCGGGGACCCAGGAAGUACAAAAAAAUCUACAAGAAAGAGUGUGAUCUGAACAAGCACUGCGGGGUGUUGGACCCAGGAAAGAAGAAGCGUUGUACCCGGCAGCUCAUGUGCAAUAUCCAUUCCAUUCACCAGCGGCGACAGGUUGUGGGUCGUAACAAGACGUUUGACCAGCUGGUGACAGAUCUGAGGACAGGGGGCCCUGCCGGCUCCAAACAACCCAAAGACCCGAGUUGUCCCCCGGGCAGCAGGGACCCGCCACCCACGGCCCCUAAAGCGGCCUCAGCACCCACAGAGCCCCCCGUGGAUCAGCCGGGCGCCCGACAACCCCUCUGCAGCGCCGAUCUCCGGUCCAGGGAGGCGUCGGAGACCGGGCCCGAGGAGCCGGUGGAUAUGGACCACGUUCUGGGGGAUCAACGGCUGCAGAAGGCCUCCUACCCCUCCAGCCAGGGCCUCCCGUCCAGCGGAGAGGAGAGUGGAGGAGAGGAGGAGCAGAAGAUGGAGGAAGACGAGGGGGAUGAGGGCUGGGAUCUGCCAGCCUCCUCCUGGCAUCCUAAACCUCUCGGGCUUUGCACCUUCGGGAGUCGUACGUUGAGCUGCAGCGUGUUCACCUUUGACCGGCGGCUCCACCGCCUGCGGUUUGCCGUCCGUGCCAUGGUGGAGCAGCAGACCGGCGCGCGCCUCUGGACGAAAAUACCUCAAGUCACUUCAGGUCUUCAGUCUCCCCAAGCUACUUCCACACACCCCAGGGGCACUGGAAGGUUGACGGGCCGGGUUGGUGGUCUAGCCGCUGCUACCCGCACUCCCUCCUCCCUCAGGUCUCCCUCCCUCCCCCUUCAGGCGACAGGCAGGGAGAACUGGUCCUCUUCUAGUCCCGCCUCCAUUUCCUCAGGCCCCACCUCCUCAGGUCAAUCAGAGGCCAGUAAGAGCGGUUCGCACAAACCUUCCGUGACCAAACCCCUGGCCAACCAGCCCGCCAUCAAACCUCAGCCUUCUGGCCCCCCACGGACAGUUCCGGACCGGCCUCGUAAAGCAGUGGGCCGACCCAGUAAGGCCAGACUCCAAGAGCUGGAACUAAGCUGCUUUUCGGUGAAGGAGAAGAGCCCCAGAGACAACAGUAGGAAGCAUCCGCAACCCACUCUCCAAGAGGGAGGCUGGACACAGCCACAGGGAUCCCCCGGCAGCAUCUACUCCUCCUCUUCCCCAAAAUCCGCCCACUCCUCUCAAGGACCAAUCAACGGUGCCCUCUCGUUGCUCGGAAAGAAGCCAUGUCCCUUGCAGACACACCCCGCAGAACCUCAGGUAUCACACUGGGCAUUGCCAGGUUCUGGUUCGACCGGGUUGGGGAAGUGUCCUCUUCUUCCAGUGCCUCCUCUCGGCCGUCCCCAGCCGUCGACCCGCGGCAGAGGGAGACCCUCGUCAGUACACAGGGGGCCGGGGGUGUUUGACCAGCGGGAUCUGGCAGGAGCCAAAAGACGCAAGACCUCCAGCGGUUCCUGUCCCUCUGUACCCCCUUUUCCCCUGAGAGGGUGGAAACACAGAGGCCAACCCUGCAACACCAACUAGGACUCCAGCAUUCACACCACUUGACUCUGAGAAGCCACAGCACAACACACUAGUGUGCAUACCAAUGUCAACGAGCGUGCGUGUCAGUGUUUCGUACGUUUUGGAUGUUUCAGAAAGGAUGAGUUGAUUGCCUGUGUUGUAUGUGAACAUAGAAAUACCUCAAGACAAAAUGUAACUUUUAUGCUGCUAUAUAGUAAAAUGUCACAUGGUGUAAAAUGAAUAAAAAUUAC